UGUGUGUGUGUGGGUGUGUGGGUGUGUGACAGUAGCAGAGAGACCACAGUCCCCGUGUUGGAUUUUUACGCGUGUACUUGCUCCGCUCCGCGCUCGGGAGGCGCGUCUACUCUACUGUACCUGCUCUUUGCUGAUCUUUGUCUGCUCAUCGCCGCCUCUCUCUCUGCCACACGCAUCCCCGGCUCCUGGUGCCUCUGCUCGUGAAGAGAAGGAUAGCCUACCCGUGAAACUUUUGCAGGAGAGUUGACAACUUUCGGAGGCGUGCGGACUGGAGUUGAUCGCGGUGAUCGCAUUCAUGUGGUGGAUCCCGAUCUGACAGAGCAGAGUUGGACUGUUUCUGUGGAGAUCUCGCUGAGGUUUUUUUUUUUUUUUUGUGUGUGUUUUUUUGUUUUUUGAGACAUGUUCAGCUCCGUGGUGUUAUUGAAUGUCCUGUUUGUGGUGCGUGCUCUCGCGGCGGAGCAGUGCACGCUGUCCUGCGACCCCCGGUCUUGCCCCGUGAAGCCCGCUCGCGGCUGCGCCGGCGGCCGGAGCGUGGCCGCGGACCCGUGCGGAUGCUGCGACCGCUGCUCGCGGCUGGAGUGGGAGCCGUGCGGCGGCCAGGACUGGGCGCUCGGAUACUGCGCCCUGGGGCUCACCUGCGCCGCCGUCAACAGGACCGGGGCCGCUGCCAUCCCCGAGAUCGGAGUCUGUAAAGUACUACCAGACUUUCCAGACGCGGGUCUUGUGGAUGAGCGCUGCCCUCUGAUGACAGGCUGUGACAGAGCGGGAGAUCAGUGUGUGUGUGAUGCCCGUCACUCCUGCCUGGGCUCCUUUACCUACCCCGACCAGGAAACCUGUAUGAUGUCAGUUAAGUCAGAGGUUCUGCGCCACGAGCACCGGGAGAAGCACAGAGAGAAGUAUGUGGGACCAUCAAACCCGGCGUGCAUGUUCUCUGGAUGUAACCUGACCGCUGAGGGCUGUGUGUGUGAGUCUCAGAGCUGCCACCACCACUUUGCCUACAUCAACCGCAGCCAGUGCCAGGAAGCAGCAGAGGAGCUGAGGUGUGCUGGGGUUAAAUGUCCCGCUCUGCAGGUGCCCUCCUGCCCCGAGGGUUCAGUUAUGACCAAGAGUUACACACCCCCUGCCGGCUGCUGCCCCUCCAUAUCACCCCAGUGUACCUGCGACCUUCGUGUUUGCCACAAGCCACAGUGUCCAAGUGGACAGCACCCCAUCUUGCUUGGUCAGGCCAGCGGUCUGCCAGGAGACUGCUGCGAUGUCUUCGAGUGCCAGAAAGUCUCUCCCAAGUGUGUCCACAACGGAAAGGAGUUCUCGGAGGGAGAGGUGUACCGCAUGGACCCCUGCUGGCUGUGUCAGUGCCGCGGAGGAAUCUCCUUCUGCUCCAAAGCGGAGUGUGCUGAGCUGGACUGUGAAAACUUCUACAUUCCUGAGGGCGAGUGCUGCCCCGUCUGCAGAGAUGUGGAGCUGCAGUCGAUGGACAGCACCAAGGCCAGCUGCUGGGUGAAUAAUAAACUGCGAGCCCACGAGGAGCAGUGGAAAGAGGACGACUGCACCUUCUGCCAGUGCGUGGAUGGAGAACCUCACUGCACAGCCAUGGCCUGCAAGCAGAGCUGCCAGAACCCCGUGAAGAUCCCUGGAGAGUGCUGUCCCUUCUGUGAAGAGCCUUCUUAUGAAACGGUUAGCCCCAUGCUGUGCCCACCCCUGGAAAACUGUUCCCUCUCCGCGAAUGACUGCCCCUUCGGCUUCUAUCAGGACAAAAGUGGAUGCCUCCUCUGCCAGUGCCUCAACAAUGACUCCUGCCCUGACCUGGGAAAAUACUGUUCCCUGCAUUGCCCCAUGGGAUACGAGAAGGAUGAUUUUGGCUGUGAGGUGUGUGAGUGCAGUACUCCGACAAUCAAGUGCCGACCUCUGACCUGCACAAAGACCUGCCCUUACGGAUAUGUGAGGAACAAGCAUGGAUGCGAGAUGUGCCGCUGCGUGAAGUGUCCACCCUUCACCUGUGACAAACACUGCACCAAUGGCUAUCAGCAGAACAGGAAGGGCUGCUCCAUCUGCAUGUGUAAAGAAAGUGACCGUGUCCCCAGCCCCACUGUCCCUGCCCCGAUGCCCAGCUACUGCCUCACCUCUAACGGCCACCGGUACGAGGAGGGCGACAGCUGGCACGACGGCUGUCGGGACUGCUUCUGCCACUCCGGGCGGGAAAUGUGCGUGCUCAUCUCCUGUCCCGUGCCCAGCUGCUCGCAUCCUGUCGUCAAACCUGACCAGUGCUGUCCCACCUGUGAGGAUGAGUCGGGCAGCGGGCAGCCCGAGGGGAUGGACAUGGUGGUGUGUCGGGCACCUGGAGGGGAGUUUUACGUGGAGGGGGACACUUGGAACCUGGACGAGUGCACGCGCUGCACCUGCAGGAAGGGACGCGUCCUGUGCGACACUGAGGUGUGUCCCCCGGCGCUCUGCCAGACACCGACCAGGAACAAGGACAACUGCUGCCACGUGUGCCCAGAGGAGACGCUGAGCCCCUUGCUGCCCGUCAACAACAGCCAGAAGGCGUACUGCAUCACCGGCGAAGGAGACGUGCUGCUGGCCGGCGACUCCUGGAAGGCCAACGCCUGCACCAGCUGCACCUGCAACAACGGCACCAUUCAGUGUUUCUCCCAGCGCUGCCCACCUGCCAACUGCAGGGUACCGGUUCUGCGCAAGGGCCAGUGCUGCCCGCACUGUCUCGACGUCACAACGUCAGCGCCGGUGAGGAUGACCACCGGGGCCUCUAAGACGACCGCUGCCGCCACAGAGGGGAGCACGCUGUGGAUCACCACGGCAACCACGCCGCCCAUCACCGCUCACACAGACGAGCCAGGUGCAGGUGAGAACUACCCCAGCCAGACGGAGAUGGCCCUGGUUUACCAGUCGGCCGCCUGGAUCUUGGCGGGCCUCCUCCUGGCCAUCAUCAUCUUCCUCAUUGUGGCGUUGCUCAUCAAUAAGAAGAAGAAGUGGGUGCAGAUGUCGUGCUACAGCGCGCCAAAGAAGACGGUGAUCCUGAAGAAGCAUGUUAACAAGAACUCGGUGGUCUACAUGGAACCCUCCAAGGAGAACAAAUUUCAGAACAUGAGGAGUGACUGUGGCAUCAUCCACUUCUCUCCGGACAUGAGCUCCGGCUGUCCAGAUAAGAUGACCAUCCCCAGGGCCAAGCUGAGCAUGGGCAGUGACUGGACGCCACGCUAAAGCACAACAACAACAACACCAACAACAGAACUGUGCAGAUCAGAGGCGUCCCGAACCUCUGGAUCUCUCGCCGUGACUCACCCGCGAGCCACCAACCCCCCCAACCCUCCCCUUUGUGUGAUUGUUAAACCAAGGAUGCUCUACUACAGACAAAAAACAAGAGACCACUCUUUUUUUAUGGUUGUUAUUAUUUGUCCAUAUCCUUCAGCUUUUGGACAUUCAGGUGGAGUGACGUGCUGGGAGGUGGACGGACAUACAAAGGACACCCCUGGCCGUCCUUUCCGAUCGGCCGAGAGGCUCCUCUGUCGAAAUCAGACUUUGACUGUAAACACUGUAAUAUUUCUGCUUCUUAUUGCCUCCUUUUUAAACUGGAACUUCGGGGCAAUAUGAAGACGUGAAACGUGGGGAGGGUUUGUGUUUUAAAGGGGACAUCGAAGAUGCAUGGCCCACAAAGAUCAGCCGUGCAUCAUGGAUCUAACCGUUGUGUGGAGGAAGCCCAAAGAAAAUGAGGAACAGCGUUCUUCAGGCCAAACAUCAGGCUUCUCAAAGACCCCCGGAUCCAGUCCCCUGCUAGAAUGUGUGGUUUCUUUCUUAGCUUUUGUAUAUUUCUACAGUAUUUGUGAUAGAUGUUGUGCUGUUCUUGCCACCUCUCCUUUUGUUUUUCUCUAUCAUGCGCAUCUUUGUAGGGUCAGCUUAAAAGUGAAAAUGUGAAAGGGCCAGAUAAAUACCCAUCAACCCGAAGAAGUGGGGCGCUGCUCCAUUUUUUAUUUUUUUUUUUAUGAACAGCAGUGGAUCAGGAGAAAAGAAGAAAAAAGAAAAAGAAAAAGUGAUGCCAGACCCUUCAUCUGAAUCUAUGAGGAAUGUCUUGGGUGCCGCGGUUCACUUCAUUCACAGCUAUGUGCGCAGAGAGCUACCAGCUCAAAUGAAACCCUGACUAAAGCCUUAAUUUUAUAACGUUUGUUAUAAAAACCACAUCAAAGAAAAAAAAGCAAGCGACCCACCCGUGACCGUGAAAGGCCUGUGAUCUUCUUUGUUCAUAUCCGGCUCAUUAAUGUGAUGCGUUGAGAUAAGGGGAGCUUGCUAAAAGUGUGUACGCACAUGACAACAACACAGCAUUUUUUGAAAGACAUAGCACUUUUUCUUUGGAGCCAGUGUAGAAAAGAGAGGGAAAAAAAGCUCCCUACAGGAUUCCUGGAGGGAUAAAGGCCCUAAUCAGGGAUUUUAUUAGACAUAUUAAGUACACAGAGAUGUGAAACCACUUGAGUGGACACACAGCUGCAGCUCGAGGCUCCGUGCCAGUCUGAUCUGAUCAGUACAACGCGGAGCGUUGCGAAACAAGCCCCGAGCCUAUGGGAUAAGCCUUCUCAGACUAUUGCCAAUAUCUCAAUACAAAGACUAUGAUGAUGCCAAAAUUGGUUCGAAGCCAGUUUAUACUGAAGUGUUUUCAAUACAUUUGAGUCCGGUUAAACGUAUGCUUUAAAACGAAGAGGUAACUGUAAACGCUUGCGCAGUUCUUUGUUUUAUUUGUUAAAAAAAAAAGAUAGUUUAAAUUAGUAGGAAGAAAAGAGUACCUUAUUUAUUUUUACAUAGCUUUAUUUAUUAAUACUAAACUAUAGUUUGAGUUUUUUGUUGUUUUUCUUUUUUCUUUUUUGGAAAAUGAACUUUUAGUAGCCAAAGCUGCUGUACAUUGUAGACCAUUUAGCAUUUCUAUCUCCUAUAUUCUUUACAAUCUUAUUUAUUUCACUGUCGCAAAUCUUGUAAAUAUGUUUUCCUAGAUUAUAAACUGUAACAUUGAUACUUAUUUUGAAAAAUAAAUGUGUGAACCAAAGGGGCUCGUAUUGGUAUGUUGACCUGAAAUCCCCGAAGCCCAGUGAUGUGAACGUUUGCGGCAUCGGUGGUUUUUCUUCACCUGCUUUGGGAUUUCUGCUCAAAAUGGG